GCGCUGCCAUUGGCCCGGCUGUCAUGUGGUCGCGCGGAGGCAUCCGCAAUUACACGGGAAUGUUUUCCUAGAGAUGUCAGCCUACAAAGGACACAAUCUCUCUUCCUCAAAUUCCUCCCCAAAAUGUCCUUUCCCAACAGCUCUCCUGCCGCUAAUACUUUUUUAGUAGAUUCUCUCAUCAGUGCGUGCAGGAGUGACAGUUUCUACUCCAACAGCGCCAGCAUGUAUAUGCCACCUAGCACAGACAUUGGGACUUAUGGGAUGCAAACCUGUGGACUCCUACCGUCUCUGGCUAAAAGAGAAGUUAAUCACCAAAAUAUGGGUAUGAAUGUACAUCCUUAUAUACCUCAAGUAGACAGUUGGACAGAUCCGAACAGAUCUUGUCGAAUAGAGCAACCUGUUACACAGCAGGUCCCCACUUGUUCCUUCACUACAAAUAUUAAAGAAGAAAGCAAUUGCUGCAUGUAUUCCGAUAAGAGAACCAAACUCAUUUCUUCAGACGUCCCUUCCUACCAGAGGCUGGUGUCUGAAUCAUGCCCCAUUGAGAACCCCGAGGUUCCCGUCCCAGGAUAUUUUAGACUGAGCCAGACCUACGCCACUGGGAAAACCCAAGAGUACAAUAAUAGCCCUGAAACGAGUUCAACCGUAAUGUUACAGUUAAACCCUCGCGGCAGCUCCAAACCGCAGCUAUCUUCUCAACUUCAGAUGGAAAAGAAAAUGAAUGAAAACCCGAACGGCCAGGACGGCGCGGCUAAAGUCUCUCAAGUGGAAAGUCCCGAGCCCAAGUCCACGUUGCAAGACGAGAGGAGCUGCCUGCCCGAAGGCUCCGUGUCCAGCCCCGAGGUCCAGGAGAAGGAGACUAAAGAGGAAAUCAAGUCCGAUACUCCAACGAGCAAUUGGCUAACUGCAAAGAGUGGCAGAAAGAAGAGGUGCCCUUAUACUAAACACCAAACACUGGAAUUAGAGAAAGAGUUCUUAUUCAAUAUGUAUCUCACCCGAGAGCGCCGCCUAGAGAUCAGUAAGAGCGUAAACCUCACUGACAGGCAGGUCAAGAUUUGGUUUCAAAACCGCAGAAUGAAGCUCAAGAAGAUGAGCAGGGAGAACCGAAUCCGAGAACUGACCGCUAAUCUGACCUUCUCCUAAGGCGUUCCCGGGGGUGGCAACAGCGAGCAGUGGGCACGGCACCGCCGGGGCCACGUGUGGGAGAGACUCUGGCAGAACCGUCCUUUUCCUUUUAUUUUCUGGUAGAAUGUGACUCUUCGUCCUUCUUUUAGCGCUGCAAGUGAAUAUGUAUUACUAUGACGAGUAUAUAUAAAACCUAGCACGUGUAAUUUAUUUUUGUUCUCAUCGUAAUGCAGGGUAACUAUUAUUGAAUAUUAUCAUUUGGUCUUAACUUAUUGGAACUGUCGAACAUCCAAGCAAUGUGACUUUUUUCAUGUUUUUACUAACAAAAUGGUAUUUAUGUGGGGCUGUUACACGGGCCAUAACGUUUGGAGUACAUUCAAUACUUUAAGAAAAAGGGGGGGAAACUUUGGGGGCGGGGGGAAAGAGAAGCACAUCAUAAUGUAACUAUCCUCGCAAAUGAACUUAGAGGUCGUCCUUCGUAAAAUGGAAUCUUUCAUUCUUCUCCAUUGUAGACAUUUUCUUGUGGUGCAUAUGUGGAAUAGUAGUCGUUCAGCAGCAAUAUGUCCUUCUUGUGCAUGUUCUGUUCGCAUGUAUAAUGCAAUAAA